AUGCAUAGCUUGCUGAACAAACGUCAUUGGGUACCAAGAAGCAAUAGUGUUACACCUAUACCCAAUAAUAAAGAAAGUCGUCUAGGACAUAAACACGAACCAACAGGUACUACUUGUUCUUCUGUCAAGAAUCUUAUUCCUUCUCUUUCCACAUUCAAUCUUCCACCAAGUUUACCAAAUCACGUCGUCAAUUCUGCUUCUAGUCUUUGUUCACCAUGUAGCAGUAACACAACUACUAUUUUAUCCGAUAUUGGUAGUACUCAACCUUUGGAACACAACGAUACUAAAAUAGUUGAAGAAACGCCUCCUCCUAUUUUUGCAUGUGACCAACAAACAGCAUAUCCCACAACCUUGGAUCAAUACGGAUCGCCAGACUUGCAACAAUAUCAGUUACAACAAUUGGGUGGAAUUCAACCAGUUAAAUUAUUAUUAGAACGAUUGGAGGCAUGGCAAUACGUGACAAAAUGUUUAUAUAAUCACUUUGAAGCUCUGGCUCUUUUGGAAUCUUCCGUCGUCAAAUCUUAUCAUAAAUUAGAAAACUUGUUGGAAUUUGAUCAACAUGGUAUUAGUAGUCUCAAACAUAACAACAAUGAUAAUAAUCAUCAUCGCCAUCAUCAACGUCAGUCAGAUAUAGUGGAAAUAAAAGACAACAAUGACAUUGGAUUAUCAUAUGGAGAAGAAUCAGAACAAAAAAACAAAUCAUCACCAUCUUCUUAUUCAACAAUUCAACAUCAUUUUGCAAAAACUGGAGGUAUUCGACAAGUAUGUGACGCAUGGCAAAUGUAUCAUCUGAAGAACGCCAAAGAUCAUGCCGACUAUGCUGCCUUUAUACGAACUCAAGGAUUACCUAUUUUAGCCAAGAUCAAACAUGAACUCAAAUAUAUUAUCCGGUCCGUACGCUCUGAUGAUCGUCUUUCUCUUACUGUGUUGGCCAAAAUGAAGGAUGAAACUGCAAAACGUUUGACUAGAUUGGAUCAACAACUUAGUUUUUUUGAUCGACAUCCUGAUCAUGGUUUUACCAAAGAAGAUCCUUGGUUGAUGAAUACACGAGUUAUUACGCAGAUGAUCAAGAUGUAUCAACAAGAAAACAAGAUGCAUGAAACUGUCAUUCGUUUACAACGUGAGAUCAUGGCACUCGAAAAGCAAUUGAUGGAUGAUCUUCGUCAUCUAUGUCAACAAUUGUAUACCCUUCGUGAAUCUAGCUGGUUGGGUGUAGAUCAAGGAUUACAGGAAAUCAUGCGGACAUUUGACAGUGUAGUAAAUGAUAGAGAUUGGUGUACAUUCGCUGAACAUUGCAAGGAUCAAUUGGUAUCUGAAAACGCCUCUUACCGACAUCCCAACAAAUUAGUUUAUCCCAAUCACAGUCAUCCUUUGGUUCAACCUCUUUUUGCUGCUAGUAUGGAAAGGAAAUCAUCAGUAUUACAGAACUGGCAUGAAUAUAUCUAUGUUCUUACUCCAGCUGGAUUUUUACAUGAAUACAGAAAUAAAAAGACGUAUCCAUCACAUCCUACAUCCACCAUUUUUGUACCAGAAUACAGUGUGACCACAUUAUCGACCAAUCGACAUCAUGACUUAAUAUUUCAACUUCAACCUUAUGCAUUAGCACCAAGUUUCCCUCGAAUCAAUUCAACUGGUUCUAUGGAUGCUAAUGGAAACAGCAAUGGAUGUAAACAAUCUAAUCAUCGGUUUCGACGGGGAACACGACCUAGGAAAACAAUUACUUUGCGUGCAAAAUGUGCUCAGGAUAUGCAAGUAUGGAUGGAACAUCUCACGUUAUGCUCUCAUAGAUAUCGUCCAAUGAUGCAAUACCCUCGACCUUCUGUGGGAGAUAUAGGAUCUUCUGUGGCAGUUUCUCCAACACUUGUGAAUCAAGAUAUUACUUCUCCUAGAUGGUUAUUGUCUCCAUCACCCAUGUCUCGUGCAACUACAACUAAUCUCAACACACUGGCAACAUCAUCAGCUAUUCAAAGUAUCAAUAAUAAUAUUAAUCAUCAUCAUCAUGAAGCUGAGGAGGAGGAGGAGGAUGAUCAGAUGUCAAGUAUCAAAAACCAACAGCAACAAGGAACUACAACAGGAUUCUCGGUACUGGCAGACUUCAUAUCUUUUGCAUCAAAACAACUAGCAACUGAUCAACAAGGCCCAUCAGAAUCAAAACCGGAUGAUCCACCUACAAUUGUAUCACCAACUCCAGCAUCUACGGCUGAAACAAUAUCAGAAGGAUCUACUGAACCCAACGCUACUAGAGCUAGUAUAUUGACUGGUGUACAAUACCCCUGA